AUGGCGAGUGCGCGCUUCCGUAGAAUAUUCUGGGCAACCUGUUUUGCUGAAACCUCUGAGGCUAAGCUGACGUCUCUUCAUGUCCUAUUCAGCCUGAUAUCUCUGUUUGAAGCUAAGUUCUGUUAAAAAACGUAACAAUGACACUCACACCUCUCGUUUACUGGGCUCAGCGCCAUGAAGAAAUCUACCUGCGAGUGGAGCUGACUGACGCACAGAAUAUUGACGUCCACGUGCAUGAAGAUGUCCUUCAUUUUAGAGCCCAGGGGCAUGGUGCAAAAGGACAUAAUGAUUACAACUUCAGCUUGGAGUUUUACUUACCAGUAAAGCCAGGGGUGAGCCACAAGUCCACACAGCGGCAGGUAAACAUCACAGUGCGGAAAGAGCAGCGAGGCUGGUGGGAAAGACUGACCACACAGGAGCGCAAACCUGUUUUCCUGGCACCUGACUUUGACCGCUGGCUGGACGAGUCAGACGCUGAGAUGGAGAUCCGAGAAAAGGAGGAGAAAAAGAACAGACUGAAGGCUUCAAGGCACAAAGAAGAGGGAUUUGUCAGCCUGAAGACAGGGUUUUUGUUUAUGUAUAAUCUGGUGCAGUUUAUUGGUUUUUCGUGGAUGUUUGUCAACAUGACUGUACGCCUCUUUAUCUUUGGACAAGAUUCUCUCUACGACACAUUUCACACAAUGUCGGACGUGAUGUUCUUCUGCCAGACCUUGGCUGCAGUAGAAGUCCUCAAUGCUGCUUUUGGCGUGGUCCAGACAGGUGUUUUCCCAACUCUUUUACAGGUGCUUGGAAGGAACUUUAUCCUCUUCAUCAUUUUUGGUAGCCUGGAGGAAAUGCACAAUCGGCCAGUUGUGUUCUUUGUUUUCUAUCCGUGGAGUGCCAUUGAGAUUUUUAGGUAUCCAUUUUACAUGCUGGGCUGUUUAAAUAUAGAGUGGAAAAGCCUCACUUGGCUGCGGUACACCAUCUGGAUGCCACUGUAUCCGUUAGGUGCUUUAGCUGAAGCUGUUGCGGUGAUACAAUCCAUUCCCAUCUUUGACAAAACAAAAUUCUUGAGCAUGCCUCUUCCGAAAGCCAUCGGUACCUCCGUCAGCUUCUCUUACUUCUUGUACAUCUAUCUUGUUCUCAUGUUUUUGGGACUUUUUAUCAACUUCCGGCAUCUUUACAAGCAGAGGACGAGGCGUUUCCGUACCAAAAAGAGGAAAGCAAACUGAGGUUCAACACCGACAUUCCUCAAACACCUCUGUUGCCUGCCUAUUUCUGGAUAUUUUUUUGUAAUGGUCAUCAUCCUCCAAAACCCUGCUCCAAUCAAAUCAGUUGUAGGUUUUAUUAUGUUGUUAGCCUGUUGUCAGUCACUUCCCAUAAGGUUAUUUUGAAAACCCUACAGAUGAUACAAUAUUUCAUCACUGCAUGGAUGAGCCCACAUGCUAGUGACUGAUUUCUCAUACACUCAGAUGCUGUAAUUACUGAAGAGCUAUCAUAACCUAGAGAACUUCAUAUCUUGUGUGAUUGUGUUUUUCCUUUUGAUCUAUUAUAUUUGUAUUAUUGACCAAAUGCAAGAAGCACUGAUCAGGAAACCCUGCUGUUAUCAUCUGUUAUACAGUUAUUGGUGAAUGAAUGACAGAAGCAACAAUAUACUGAACAAAUACUUAUUAUUUCAGAUUUCUGAACUGUCCCACAAAGCUCAGGGAGAAACUGACUGGUUAAAUACAGAAAGCAUUUUGUGUCUCUUAUGCUCAACAAUACCCCUGUUUUGGUAAUAUUCAUGUGUAUCCCUCUUACUCUGUUGUUUUAUUGUUUUCAAGUUCACUUGAAUUUUGAAUGCAAACAUUAACAGCUGUUUCCUGUAAAUGUGGAAAUUGUUUGACAUAGAAUAAAAAUGUAAUUUGAA